AUGUCGAAAUAUUUCACAUGGAGCAAGGGCGAUCGCAGGCCAAGUCAGGACAUGACGCGCUCGAGCGGCGUUGUCCAGAUUGGAUCAGAGCAAGGACAUGAGUGUGCUAGGGCCACGAAGAACCAGCGGAAGUCCUCUCGUAGGCCAUUGCCUCUGUCCUUCGGACCAGACACCACACUCUCAUCGAACUUCGAUCACAGGACAAAUGAUUCGGUUCUGCUUCACGAUGCCGCAGUUCAGUCCGCAACCAACCUCAUGGCUGUCGUCAAUGACUUGCUAUGCUCGCCGCCAGUGUCUGCGCAUAUCAUGACGCAGCAGCAACACGGCUUAGCAGCGCCAGCAUACUUACGACCUAGGUCACACACCGCUCCAUCUACGCCGCUGGUCGAGGCGCCUAGCAGAGAGCCAGUGGAGCUGCCAGGAUCACUCUUGCAAGGAAGGCCAUCUCUGCUAUCUCUGAAGCCACCUCAUGAGAAGCUUCCAACCAAUGCCGUGCAAACACUUCCAAACGCUGCAGUCGGAGCUGGGAUAGAGAGGCCGCACAGUAGUCCUCAGCAAGCGACUUAUGGCAGUCCUUUUCUGCUUGGUCACUUUGAGGAUCGACCAGGACCAGGCAUCCAUUCGAUGACCUCGCAAUCGCUUCCUCUACCACAACCAGCGACUCCUCGACCAUACUUGAACGACGCAGCAUCGUGGUCAGCUUACCUGACUGCCAAGAACGCAGAUCCGCGGCAGUCAAAACCUGAUAUGAAGUCCUCCUCGCCUGCACCUUGGUCGGUCGUUGAGAGCAAGCGAGACCAUGUUACCCACUCUAGUCAGUCAGAGACAGACACUCUUCAGCAGGUUGCAACCAUUCGCAUGGCACACGAUAACCAUAUCGCAAGUCUGCGCACGGCGCACGAGCAUGAACUUGAGUCUUAUCGCUCCUACAUAACGUUCUUGGAAAAGCGCAGUGCUGCUCAAUCGACAUCAUCAGCGAAAGCUUUGAUCAUUGACACAACGCAUACCGACUCGAAGAUUGUAGAGCCGCUGAGUGGUGUUACUUCUGCGACUACACUAGUCUCUCCCCAAUCGACUCGGAGUCACGACCAGAUAGCUGGCCAGAUUCAGGAUGAGAAGCAAGCACAGCAACACCGCCCCGGGAUCCAUCGACCCAAAUCCACCGAGGAUGCAAGAAUAGAGCUAUGUCGCCUGCGGGAAGGUAUCGAGAAACGUGAACGCAAGAUCAGUUUGCUUUCACGGAGGUGGAAAGACGAAGAGAAGUCUCUGCGUAACACCAUAUCCGACCUUGAGUCUCGAUUGCUGGCUGCUAACAACGAGCGGCUCGACACACUGGAAGGUUUACAUGUAGCGGGUGAGCAGGUGCGAAGACUAACCGAGCAGAAAUCGAGGAUCGCGGAAGAGAACCUGGGCUUGCGCAAUGAGCUUGCUCAGCAGCACCCAGACCUUCAUCCAGGCAUCCUUGGCGAGGAAGAGGCCAAGCAUCGGCCGAAGCAUCAGAGAACCAGGUCGGAAGUUGUGACUAAGUUCUCUGGCGAGUUGGUGCUUGAGCAGCGUAACCGCGAUCUACAACGUCAGCUAUCGAAGGCCGAAGCGACAAUUCGCCGCCUAGAACAGCAGCAGACUUACCCUGGCCAAGUAGAGAGGAAAGACAGCGCGAUAACGAACGCCACGCCACCAAAUGCCGUGGAAACGAUCGCUGGUCUUGAGAUUGCUUUGAAUGACCAUAAGCAGAUGCUUGCAGUCUCCCGAGCCGAUUGUGAGCGCUACAACGAGCUUCUACACGACGAGCUCAGGCGCCGAAAACAGCGUGCUUCGCAGGGUACACCAAAUAUGCCCGGAUCUCGGCAGAUGUCAGACGAUGUAUUGACCCUAGCAAGAGGAGGUGGGCAAGUUGCCACAGCCUCGCCUAGGAUACAUGAGGUGCAGACUUCGGCCAAUCCGAAAUUGGAAUACUGCAUGGAACAAAUUGUGGCUCACAAGCUUGACAUACAAGGAUAUAAGAAAGCGCUCAAAGACGCCAAUGCUAGAAUACAGGAGAUGGAGACGUCCAGCACAAGACUUGUUCAGCGUCCACCCACACCAGAUCGAGACAGUAUGUCCAGCACAGCUAGCUCUAAUAGUAACGGCCUGGCGAAGCAGAACGCUCCACAGGGCAUGCCAACGCCCGAGAGCACCCCUAGCAACGCAUCCGGGCUAGGCAUAUCACUCCGUCAAGCACCAGAAACCCCUCUUCGCACCGUCGCCACCGCUACAACCGCAGCUUUGCUCGCCACGACGCCGCCACUACCCUCGGUCUCACCGGCAGCGAGACCGAAGACACCCAUGAGCGUGCAUAAGAAGCUUCCCAAGCCUCCAGUGGCUAUGACGCCUAGCCCGCUGCCAUCCCAAGGACAUGCGGUUGCCAAGUUGCAGAGAGGAGAGACCUUGCGUUCACUGUCCGACUCCAUCAUUUCUUCUUAUGCGAAGCGGAUGACGCCUGAGCAAAGCUCUGGAUUUGAGUCGCAGCCGGGUAGCACGAGCUUCUAA